AUGCGCCGCCCGCGACCGCGCGCCGCGGGGUCCCGGGAGGCCUCCUCGCGGGCGAGGGGCUUCCGUGUGGCGGACUCUCCCGGGGGCGAGCGGGCGGAGCGGACAUUUUGCGGGAGAAGAUGGAAGAGUGUGGAAAAGGAGAGUGGGAGGCUGCCCUCGGCCGCGGGCUCUGGGAGGCGGGGAGACGUCUCUGAGGCGAAGGAGCACCGCUGGGGAGGCGGCGCAAAGGCCUUUCUACAGCGGAGAAGGGAGAGGGAGCGGGGACUCCUUUGCCUGGCGGAGGGGUCCCGAGCAUCCUCUGCGAGCGGCGCGGGUCGCCGGGCUGCGGUCCUAGCUGAGGGCUCGGCCCCGCGGCCCCCCCCGCCCCCCCCCCGUGCGGGAGCAUCUGGGCCACCGUCGGUCCUCCACCGUGGGAGCACCUGGGGCAGCCGGGUCCCAGCCCCCACGGGCGGCCCGUCUGUCCUCCACCGUGGGAGCACCUGGGGCAGCCGGGUCCCAGCCCCCACGGGCGGCGCGGGGCGGCCCGUCUGUCCUCCACCGUGGGAGCACCUGGGGCAGCCGGGUCCCAGCCCCCACGGGCGGCGCGGGGCGGCCCGUCUGUCCUCCACCGUGGGAGCACCUGGGGCAGCCGGGUCCCAGCCCCCACGGGCGGCCCGUCUGUCCUCCACCGUGGGAGCACCGGGGGCAGCCGGGUCCCAGCCCCCACGGGCGGCGCGGGGCGGCCCGUCUGCCCUCCACCGUGGGAGCACCGGGGGCAGCCGGGUCCCAGCCCCCACGGGCGGCGCGGGGCGGCCCGUCUGUCCUCCACCGUGGGAGCACCGGGGGCAGCCGGGUCCCAGCCCCCACGGGCGGCGCGGGGUGGCCCGUCUGUCCUCCACCGUGGGAGCACCGGGGGCAGCCGGGUCCCAGCCCCCACGGGCGGCGCGGGGUGGCCCGUCUGUCCUCCACCGUGGGAGCACCGGGGGCAGCCGGGUCCCAGCCCCCACGGGCGGCGCGGGGCGGCCCGUCUGUCCUCCACCGUGGGAGCACCGGGGGCAGCCGGGUCCCAGCCCCCACGGGCGGCGCGGGGCGGCCCGUCUGUCCUCCACCGUGGGAGCACCGGGGGCAGCCGGGUCCCAGCCCCCCGGGGGCGAUGGGGGGGGCGCCCCAGCAGUUCGCUGCCUCUUCCACGGGAGCGGGAGCGCUUGUGCUCGGCUCCAUCCCAUACCCCAGGGCUGGCAUGGGGAUACUCCUCCAUCUGGGGGUUCUCCGGGAAGUUGAUGUGGCUGACCGUGAACAGAGGGGGCCCUGACCCAGAGUCCCCGCUCUUCCCUCUCCACCCGCCACUGUGGAGGAGCUGUCCUCACCCCGCAACUCAAGUUUCACCCCUGUGAAACUCAAGAGUGACGCCUGCCUGCCCACCCAUCCAUCCCUUUAUUGACGAGGUGCCAGGCGGUGUUUUAGGCGCUUAGCAUACAUCAGUGGGCAAAACAAAAAUCUCUGUUCUAGGAGUAGGUGGCCCUAUUAGAAGAGCUUAGUGACUUCUCUUUCUCAGCAGAAGCCUUAGUUAAAACUCAGCCUUACAAGUUCCAGCAGCCCAGAAGCUAGGAGUAUCGUUUAUGUGACAGGCAUUAGGUGAGGGAGGGUCAGAGAGAAUUUAUUGGGUACCCUGUAUGUGCCAGGGGUUGUCUUUGCAGUUCACUUUCCUUUUUAGUAAUUUUUGAGCAUCUAUUUUGUGGCAGGCAUGAUGAUAGGUGGGGAGCAAAAGCAGGAUCCGUGGCACUCUUGCACUUCCAAGCCUGCUGGGAGGAGCAGGUAUUAGUCAAAUAAUCAAAUAAGCUAAGGUACAAUUAUAAUUGCCCACAGGUACUACCAGGAAGAGGAACAUGGUGGGAGUAUCCACAUAUAUUAGAGGGAUUUGACCUAGUCAGGGGGUCUGAGUAGGUUUCUUUGAAGAGGUAUUGCCAAGGAUGAGAUCCCAGAGAAGAGUAAGAGCUGGUUAGGCAAUGUCUAGUCCUCACAGAAGUCCUGUAAACCGGACACGAUUGCUUCCACGCAGCAGGUAAGAACAUUAAGCUCUCAGUGAGGUGACGUAACCACCCAAGGUAACUUCAGGUUAGUGGCAACUCAGGAUUCAGUUUCAGAGAAGAAAAGGGUCUUUUAUGUGCUUUUAUGUUCUCAUGGGGCCAUUUGGUGGUUUUAGGAGAGGCAGGCAUCACAAGCAGCUCAGGGACUUUGGAGAGCAUGGCUCAUAAGCCUGCAGAACUCCGGCAGAUUAACAUAAAUGAGUGAAGUAGGCAGAGUGUAAGACAGUAAGGGAUGGUGGGGACUGCGGUGAGAUGGAGGCCGCAUUUUCUCUCUAAAUGAAGCAGGUGGAAUCCACACACUUGGCAAAUACAUUUAUUUGUUUCCCCCACCAGAAAGUUAGCUCAAUGAAGCAGGACUUUUUGUGUUUGUCACAUGUAGCAAGUGCUUAUAGGCACUCAACCUCAGCCACUGUCCAUAGCCUCUGAGCAGUUCUUGCCGUGUGUGCAGUUUCACAGAUUUUGAAGCACUUUUACAUUCACUUUCUUAUUUUAUCCCCCAGCCUCUCUUUUGGCUCUUUAUUUGCUUCUGACAUGACUGCUACAAUUAAAAUUACCCAAUGGACACCCCCCCGCCCAGUAUUUAGAUGUGUCUUCCUUUUGAACCUCUCCACCCUCUUCAUAUUUUAGCUCCUCUCCAUCCUAAUGUGCUUGGCAUUAUAUCUUGGUUCCCUCUACUUAUCUAUCCUAUCAUAUUUGAACAGUGUUUUGUUUUGUUUUUGUUUUGGAUCUAACUUAGAACUUUAGUGUACUACUGACCUUGGGCCUACCAUCAACCACCUUCCAUGCUCAGCCACAGUCCCUGCAAUGCUGCUCAGCUGCUUCUUGUCGGGAAUAGUGCAUGAAAGGUUUCAUUUCUUCGAAACUGCUCUCCUGAAACAUCUUGCUCCUCAAGAAAGUAAUCAUCUAUAGACGUCUGAACUUCCUAUUCCAUCACAUGGACAUCUUCCACAAGACAAAAUCUCAUCUGCAUGGGAAAGUUAUAGCCUAACCUCCUCAGAGCUUCUCUUGGAGCAGCGGAGCCAAGUAGUAUGAUAGGACUUCUAGAAAAGAAAACAUGAUCUUAUAUUGUGAAACUGCAUGCCCAAAGAGAGAGAGAGAGGCAGAGACACAGGCAGAGGGAGAAGCAGGCUCCAUGCAGGGAGCCCGACGUGGGACUCAAUUCCGGGUCUCCAGGAUCCCACCCCGGGCUGCAGGUGGCGCUAAACUGCUGUGCCACCGGGGCUGCCCAAAAUUUUAUUUAUUUAUUCAGAAGAGACACAGAGAGAGAAGCAGAGACAUAGAGGGAGAAGCAGCCUCCCUGUGGGGUGCCUGUUCCAGGACUCGAUCCCAGGACCCUGGGAUCAUGACCUGAGCCUAAGGCAGACUCUCAACCACUGAGCCACCCUGGUGCCCCCAAAUAUCUGGUUUUUAAAAGAUUCACAAUUUUGAAACUAUUUUGUGUGAAUCUUAAUAAAGAAAUGUGUUGUGGAUCACAAGAGAGAAGUUUCUCCAUGCUAGAAAAGGGAAAAAUGUGGAAAAAGGAAAGGCUAGAAUAAAUCCAGUGGUGUUGGAUUGGAACUGGAUAUAUC